ACACCACCUGUUGGUCAAAGGGCGCUAAAAUCUUUGUCCUUCACACAAGUAACUACGCCGAGUGAGGGUGUGUGAGUGAGUGAGUGCGUGUGUGUGAGUGCGCCCGCCUUAUAAUUGUGUAGCAUAUUUUGUGGCGCCUCGGUUAUUGGGCCAUAUGGCAGUGUAACUGUGUUUUCUGUGCAUUUGUGUGUGUGUGUGUGUGUGCUGCAUAUUGAUUUCGAUAAUUGGCGCGCGUCAGUCAUGUCGGAGAAGUCAACAAGUGGCGAGGCUGCGGCCAAGUUAAACAUCUCGGCCAGACGCAGCUCCAGCCAGCCCUCCAAUGCCAUUGAGAGUCGCUGCCUCAUUGCCGCAAUUGUGUAUAUAGCUCUGCUGCUGGACAAUGUGCUGCUGACCGUGAUAGUGCCCAUUUUGCCCGACUAUCUGGCCAGCCUGGAGCCGCCAACGUUUGAGGGCUACCGCAUUGAAGAGGGGGCCAUGCCAUCGUCGGCCCCUGCCCAGGCCCAUCAGAUGGCACAACGCAACGAGGAGCCGACACAGUUCUACAUGACCAAGCAUCCAAUACCUGGCAAAUCGAUGGUUAAUUUCACAACGCUGCAUCUGCUGACGUCCACGACGGCGACAACGCUGCUGCCCAGCGACCAUUUGGGCGGCACUAAUGCGACCGCAGCCACAAAGGUCGAUAGCCACAACAUGGCCAGCAGCAAUUUCAAUAGCAAUAACAACAGUGUGGGCCUGUCGCGAGAGAACGGCUCUAUUGGGCUGCUGUUGGCCAUGAAAGCACUGGUCCAAUUGGUUUUCAAUCCCAUUGUCGGUAAUCUGUCCAGCAAGUGUGGCUAUCGCCUGCCCAUUGUGGUGGGCACUUGCUUCCUUUUGAUCUCCUCCCUCGUGUUUGCCGUGGGCGAAUCUUAUUGGAUGUUGUUGCUGGCACGCGCCAUUCAGGGUGUGGGCUCCGCCUGCAUUGGGGUGUGCGGCAUGAGUCUGGUGGCACAGCAUUACCCGGAGGAGGCGCGCCGCUCCAAGGUCAUGGGCAUCGUUCUUGGCAGCAUUGCACUGGGUGUAUUGAUAGGGUAUCCGUUUGGGAGUAUUCUCUAUGAUAUGGUUGGCAAAUCGGCGCCCUUUAUAAUACUAUCGACCGUUAUAUUUCUGAGCCUGGGUAUGCAGCUGCUCACCAUGGACCUGUCCGUGCAGCCGGAGGUCUUGGCCUUCGAACAGAGCACCAAAUGGCGCGCGUUGCUCGAAUGCAAAAUGAUUUUGGCCAUUGUCAUCGCCAUUUGGUUGUCCACAUCCACAAUGGCCAUAUUGGAGCCCUGUUUGCCCAUCUGGCUGAUUCAGUAUCUCCAUCCGAACAAGUGGCAAUUGGGCACCGUUUUCAUACCGGAUUCCGUGGGCUACUUUGUGGGCACAAACUUUUUCGGUAGCGUCGCCUUUCGUUAUGGCCAGCUGAAAGUCUCCUGUCUUAGCCUGCUGCUGGUGGGCCUUGCGUCAAUUCUGAUACCCAGCGCCACAACUGUGGCGCAGCUCUUGCUGCCCCAUUUUGCUCUGGGCUUGGGCAUUGGGGUGAUUGAUGCGGCCUUGGUUCCACUCCUGGCUACCUUUGUGGAUGCCACACUGGCGCAUGAUGACAGCGGCGAGGCUAGAGGCACUAGAUCCAGCUACGGCACCGUCUAUGCCAUACAACAGACCUCCGUAAGCUUGGCGUAUUGUCUGGCUCCUUUGAUUGGCGGAGAGUUGGCACAGAGCUUUGGCUUUGCCUGGCUGAUGCGUAUUGUGGGCCUAUUCAAUAUACUGUACGGACCAAUACUAGUUUACAUAUAUCAGAAAUAUGAUCCAAAGCGAGUCAGAGAGCAGCAGAAUGAGCUGCUUAUGCAGAGCAGUGGGCGUGGCUCCCACUAUAAGCAGCUGUACAACUCCAUGGACCUGGAAUAAGCACUGCAAUCAAUUGAAGCCAAAGCAAUACAUUUCAUACACUUAUCACUCAUCGCCAUCAAAUCAAGCAUUAACUUAGCAUAAAUAACUACAUAUAUAAA